ACUUGAGCUCAAGGUAGAAAAGUGGAGUCGUAGUCUAGAAAGAAGCGAAAAAUGAAGUUCAAAACUUAUUUUCUCGGGUAUUUUAGUAUUUGUUUAUAUAUUUCUAAACUUGGUAAGGAUAUCUGAAGAAGACUCAACUUCAAGUAAAGUAGAUUAAUUUACUUUUAUAUUACAAAUAAACCUAAAAUAAAAACAGUCAAUUAUUCAAUAAAUUUUUAGUUUUAUCACUUUCCGGCGAAAGCCUGUGGCUAUCGUUUACCCUAGUAUUAGUAAUACCACUAUCAGCUGAGCAGAGAGGCUGAAUUGACUCUAAGAGGCGUCUGUGCAUGUGUUCAGUGUUAAUAUAUCUAAAACUGAAAGUUAAUAUCGUGGCAUGAACGAUGUCAAAAUUUGAGUUUAAUGCUAGCACGGUUGAGGCCUAAAUGAAUAAAAUACUGGUGCUUUCAGACGAUUUAAACAAUAUCUAGGUUAUUUAUUGCAUUCGAAAGUGCUCAUUUUAAAAUAACAGGCAGGUUGACUGUAUUCGAAAAAAAAAUGGCGCUCCCUCAACAUACUAUCAACUGUAGUCUGGAUGAUAUCGAUUUAAAUAGUCUGAAGGACCCUGCUGGGAUAUUUGAACUGAUUGAAGUUGUAGGGAAUGGCACCUAUGGUCAGGUGUACAAGGGUCGCCACACAAAAACCGGACAGUUAGCAGCGAUCAAAAUAAUGGACGUUACUGAGGAUGAAGAAGAAGAAAUCAAGCUUGAGAUAAAUGUCUUAAAAAAGUAUUCCCACCACAGAAACAUUGCAACAUAUUAUGGUGCUUUUAUUCAGAAGAGUCCACCAGGAAAGGAUGACAAAUUGUGGCUGGUGAUGGAAUAUUGUGGAGCAGGUUCAAUUACAGAUCUUGUCAAAUCAACCAAAGGACUGUCUCUGAAAGAAGAGUGGAUAGCUUAUGUUUGUAGGGAAAUUCUUAGAGGUCUAAGCCAUCUGCAUGCAAACAAGAUCAUUCACAGAGAUAUUAAAGGUCAAAACGUCCUUCUAACAGAUAAUGCAGAAGUAAAACUGGUUGAUUUUGGAGUGAGUGCCCAGCUUGAUAGGACAAUUGGGAGGAGAAACACGUUCAUUGGCACACCAUAUUGGAUGGCACCUGAAGUUAUUGCUUGUGAUGAAAAUCCUGAUGCCACUUAUGAUAACCGAAGUGACCUUUGGUCUUUGGGAAUUACUGCUCUUGAAAUGGCAGAAUCUCAACCACCCUUAUGUGACAUGCAUCCAAUGCGAGCUUUGUUUCUAAUUCCUCGUAACCCAUCUCCCCGUCUGAAAUACAAAAAGUGGUCAAAAAAGUUUCAUAGUUUUAUAGAAACAGUACUUGUGAAGGACUACCAACAUCGACCAUACACAGACCAACUUCUUAAACAUCCGUUCAUCAGGGACCAACCUACAGAAAGACAGGUUCGAAUUCAGUUGAAAGAUCAUAUUGACAGAUGUCAAAAGCAAAAAAAAGGAGAGUCACAGGAGGUUUAUCGAUAUAGUGGGAGUGAGGGGGAUGAGGAAGACACUCCAUUGCCAGGACAGCCCAGUGUUAUCUUCAUAAGUCCAAUCACACAGAAAUCCACAGGCACUACAUCCAGCCACAUUACUGUUGUACCAGACCCUUUACCCCCAAAUAAACCACUACCACCCAUUCCAGUUGAAGAAGAAAGACAGGAAAAAGAAAGGAAACCAGCAACACCUCCAAAAAAUCAAAAUCCAACCCAGCCUCCGAGACCUGCAGAGAGCCACAGUUCUGUAAUGAUUAAAAGCUCCACUUCGAAGACCGGAAGUAAGAGCACAGUCCUAGAUUUAGAAUUAUUAGCGGCACAGCUUAAUGAACUAGCGCAUGAAAGUAGCAGUAGUGGAGUAGGUGCUAGUCUGGCUGGAAUGGAGAAAGCCAGUGGAAAAGGACCGGCAAUGCCAACUGUUAGUGAGCAUGUAACAUGGGUCAAUGCAAACACCCAUGAACAGGGCGUUUCUGCUGCUGUUGCCUCCUCUGAUUCUGAUGAAGAGGAAGAUGAGGAUGGAUGUGUGCAGAAUGAUGGAACACUUCUAGCAUCAGAUCCACCAAGGCCACUACCGCUAGAUGGUUACAACAACGGUACAUUAAAAUCUUUGGUUGUCCAUGAAGAAUUGCUUGAUUGCCAGGCACCAAACAGACCCCUGCCUCCUACUCCUGAUGAUGAAGAAAGUAAUGAUGGUACUCUCGUAGUAAAGCGGAGCAAUAGAGAUCAUUCUGAUCAAAGAACAUCUUUCUCAAGUGAAGGGCUUAGUCAUGGUUUCAUGCAGAGGUUAGAAUCAUCCCAUAGUUCUCCAGGAAAUAUUGCCAACCUUGCGGAUCGAUCCAGUAGAGUGCUUCCAGAUUUGCUUCCACAAAAUAGUCAUAUUCAACCCAUGUUACUAGCUGGACAGUUAAGGCAGUUAGACAAGAGUGUUUCUGAAGAGCAGCUGGAAAAGAGGAGUGGUUGGACUAAUGUAGGAGAACUGCAAGGAGCUGUACAUUUCAGAAUAAUUAAGUAUGAAAGGAUUAAGUUCCUUGUCGUAGCUCUACAAGAUAGUUUAGAAAUCUAUGCAUGGGCACCAAAACCCUACCACAAGUUUAUGGCCUUCAAAUCCUUCCCAGAACUGGUACACAUGCCACUUCUGGUGGAUAUGACAAUUGAAGAAGGUGUUCGACUGAAAGUGAUUUAUGGGUCGGCUGAAGGAUUUCAUGCUGUAGAUGUUGAUUCGGGCUCUGUAUACGACAUCUAUACCCUAGCUCAUAGUCAAGGUCCAAUCACUCCCCACAUCAUUGUUACUAUGCCCAACUCCAAAGGGAUGCAGCUUCUAUUGUGCUAUGAUAAUGAGGGUGUUUAUGUCAAUACAUAUGGAAGAGUCAGUAAAAAUAUAGUUCUUCAGUGGGGAGAGAUGCCAACAUCAGUUGCUUACAUUGGAACAGGACAAGUGAUGGGGUGGGGUAACAAAGCUAUUGAAAUUCGAAAUGUAGAAACGGGACUGCUUGAUGGGGUUUUCAUGCACAAAAAGUCUCAGAAACUAAAAUUUCUGUGUGAAAGAAAUGACAAGGUCUUCUUUUCUUCAGCCAAAGGAGGAUCAUCAUGCCAGAUUUAUUUCAUGACCCUGAACAAGCCAGGUAUGGCACAUUGGUAGUAACAGCAACAGAGGAGCUUUAUUCAACAUGAACAUUAGUUUCAUCAAAGUCAGUAAACAAUGUCCAAAUGGAAUACUAUUUUGCCAUCAUAUACCUUAGGCAAAUUUUUUUAGCCUGUAAUAAAUAAUUUUGUGACUAGCUUGUUUCAAGCAUACUCAUUUUGUUUAAGUUCUUUUGUAAAUGCCCAUGAAGCACCAGAAACAUAAAGCAGUGUUCACGUGUGUGUGUGUGUGAAUGCAUGAGGAAUUGUUUAAAUGGUUGAUUGUCUUUGCCAAAAGCUUUGUAAAUAUUGCUGUUUGUAUUGGAUAACCAUUGAUGUCUUUUUUCCCUAAAAAUGAACUUAUGUACACAACACAACUUUGUCUUCAUGUGUCAUAACUUAAAAGAAAGCAAAAUAUGCUGCCUAGUAUGCUAAUAGUAUGGAGAAAUGUUUCUUUAUAAUUACUUCAAAAAUCUUCCUACUCAAUUAAUUGUCCUCUAAAGCGUGGUUGUGACAGGUACCAGAAUGAAGUAGUUGAAAUUAUUAACAUAUCAAGAUGUUUUUUGUUUUUUUUGGUUUUAUAGAAUAAAUUAGAAAUUGUUAUUCAUUAUGCCUUAUAUCAAAAUGAUUACAAUUAAAGUUAUCUAUAUAACAGAUUUACUGAUUCUAGUCACUCCAAAUUUUUGGCAGCUGAGAAAGAAAAUUGUAAGCAAUUAAGUUUUGUAGAACUUUUUUUUUAAAUGAUUAAUUCAAUGUGAUAAAUACAUAAUAAAGCUGUUUUAUUAAUGUGAAGAUUAUUGCAGAUUUUCCAAAUCUAUGUUUUUAAAUAAAUACUAAGUUUGUCUGAAAUAUUGGUUCUUAAAGAUUUGAAUGUCAAAAAAAAAAAAAUAUUUGCUUGUUAUUUUCUCAGCUCUAUUCACAUUGUUUCUAAUGUAAAGACAGUUGUCACACAAAGUACAAGAUGCAAAAAUAAUUUAGUAUUUUUAGGAACUUUAUCUUAAUAAAACAGCUUGAUAAUUAUUUCUGGUCGAAUGCAUGGACUUGCUCUUGAAGUAUAAAUACUUUGAAGAUUCACCAACAAGGUCAAUAUAAUUCUUAUUAAUGUCUUGGUAAUUUUGUAGUAAUUUUAUUGCAUGUAUUGUUAUGAUAUUAAUAUUUUUAUUCUUUGUGGUAUAUUUUUAUUUAUGCUAGUUGUUGCUACAGUCUUCUGAAGAAAUUGGAAUAUACCGUGACACAAAUAUUAAAAACACAUGCUUCUGAAUAUCAAUAGUUCAAAUAAAAAAAAUUCAGUUAAUGUAAAAGUAGAUUGAGUGAUCAAACACCGAAGAAUAAGCUUAGCUUUAACUUUUUAUUUAAUCUAACUCUUCCAAAUAAAUAGCUAGACACAAUGUCUUGAUUACAAGAAAUAUUCCUUAAUGCAUAAUAAAGAAUGUGAAAUAUUUUAUUCUAAGUGAGAAGUCACAAUUCGAGUGUUAUUGUACACACUCCAAAUUAAUUAGUUUGAAGAUAAUUUUAUAUCAAGUUUUUAGUUUCCACUGAGCAAAGACUAUGUGUUAAGAAAUAUGUUAUAGUGAAGAUGAUGUGCCUGACUAAUCAUGUGCAGGAGUCCUUGUAAUUGUACAGAUUUUCUCAAAGCUACCAAGUCUGGUCAUUAAUGGUAUGUCGCUUCCCUUUCCAAGACUAGAUUUGCUACUUAAGUGUUUAGACUGUCAGUUUAGAAACUAAUGUACUCUAACCAACAGAAACUUCUCAAGUGAUUCUUAGUAAAAAAGAAAGCA